AUGCCUGGCAUCACUGUCCAGCCCAUCAACCCCUCCAGUCCCGAGCUCGGAGCGCUCCUGGAGAACGUCGAUCUGGACAACCUGUCCGAUGCCGACUUCAAGACCCUUCGAGAUGCUCUAUACAACCACAACGUCGUCUGCCUCAAAGGACAGUCCAAGCUCACGCCCAAGGCACAAGCCGAGCUCACUCGCCGCUUCGAUCCUGAAGCCAUGUCGUACGGUCACGGCAAGACGAUCGAUGCCAAGCGGUCCAUUCUACACCCUGAUCUCAAGACGAUCCCGCACCAGCCGGAAGUCCAGGUCAUCGGCAACGGCUUUGUCGAAGAGUUCGAGGGCCUGAAGAACAUUACGCUCCGACACCCGCACCACCGGACCUUCCACCAGACGGUGAUCCCCGACGACCAGGAUCUCGACUACACACGCUUCUACCGCUGGCACAUUGACGCGGCGCUGUACGGCAAGCUACACCCGCCGCUGGUGACGUCGCUGCUGGCGGUGCGCGUGCCCAGCGGCCGGAAGCAAACACUGCUCUACGACGACGGUAGCGACGAUACCCUGCAGGUGCCUUUGGGCACGACCGCCUUCGUGUCCGGCUACACCAUGUUCGACCGGCUCAGCCCGGAGCAGAAGGAGUUCGUGCUGACCUCCAAGAUUGAGUACGCGCCGCACCCGUAUGUGUGGAUCUCGACGGCCAAGUCGCGCCCGGACGGUCUGGGCAUGGUAUCGGAAGGCAAGGAGGUGCCGCUCGAGUCGCUGCCGACCAUCGAACACCCGACCGACAUCCAGAUCCUGCCUAUGGCCUGGCGCAACCCCGUCACCGGCCGCUUCGCCCUGCAGAUCCAUCCGUCCGUCGUGCGCAAGAUCCACCUGAGCGAUGGCCGGGUCCUCGACAAUCUCGCCGAGGUCCGUGAACUCGUCCACUCCCUGCAGCGCCCCGGCAUCGCCCCAGACCUCGUCUACGCCCAUGACUGGCAGGAAGGCGAUUUGGUGCUGUUCAACAACCACGGCGUUCUGCACAGCGUGGUUGGCGCCUUCGCCGAGGACGAGGUCAGACUCUUCCGACAGUGCAACCUGGCAGCCAGCCGACCGCCGACCGGUCCACAAGACGGUGUGCUCGCCAACUAA